AUGAAUGGGCGUACCUCAGCCUCACCGUCACCUCCUCCACAAACCCCGGUUGCAUCGGCACCAGGACCGCGCGCAACAGCUCUACACAAGGUCUUCGCAGGGGCUCUGUCAGCCUCGAUUAAGGCGAACUCGUACGCGAACUUCAGCUCAUGUUUCCCGACGCCGGCAAAAUAUUGUCCAAAUGCGCUUGAAGGAGUGUGGGCGCAACUGAACACGCGUCUCGAGCAGGAAUGCAUGCGCGAUUUUGAACAGAUAUUGGAGGACAGGCACGUGGUGGAGGGGUUAAAUCAGUGGGAAGACAUGAUAGAAGAGGCGCGAAAGAGAAAGAAUCGCGCGGUCGAAGGAGAGAUGCCAGAUAGACCACUCCACACAUUAUCCGCCGAAGAGCUAUACGCGGCGCAUCUGACGCCCUACCUCCAAAAAGUCACAGAUGAACUGAAUACGCGAAUACAGAAUUCCCAGCAAGAGAACGCGGUCAUCUUCGGCAAAAUCAGUGACCAGCGUGCCGAGAUUGAGCGACUCUUGAAUGGCCUUCAACACGUCGUAUACGCUAUUGAAGGCAGUGUGGAUGCGAUGCGCUCAAACCCGCAGAUAGAUUACGAUGCCCUGAGGAAUGAUGUGUGGCAAAUGGAACAGGAGGUUUCUGGGACGAGAUAG